UAAAAGACAACACGACGCCAAAAAGACUUAAAUAGCUUUAUUUUUAUGUAUCUAAACCGGAAAUUGCAUUUCCUCCCACCCAUUCGCCGGAGAUCACGUUCUAUGUGUUUACUUGCCUGCUAACGCAGCGCCAUUCAUACUAAGCUAACGGAUUCUUCCCCAGAAACCUUUGACUUUGUGGAAUUAAGGCAGCCUUUUAGCUGCAGGAGAGAGGUCGGCCGGAAAUGGCUUUGCUAACGCCAUUAUUUGCUUUCCUGUACCACCUGCCGCUGGUGUACAAAUGGCUGCUGAAGCCGUACUAUGUAGCCUCUCUUUUCAUGUCCAUAGCUUUCCUAGCUGUCCGCAAAACGCCCGGCAUUUGCGACCAUCUGACCACACAGCGAGAGGAUGGCAACUCCUGCGACUUCGACUGGAGAGAAGUGGAAAUCCUCAUGUUCCUCAGUGCCAUCGUCAUGAUGAAGAACAGAAGAGCGAUAACCGUGGAGCAACAUGUGGGCAACAUCAUCCUGUUCAGCAAGGUGGCCAAUGUCAUCCUGUUCUUCCGACUGGACGUCAGGAUGGGACUCCUCUACCUGACCCUGUGCAUAGUCUUCCUGAUGACCUGCAAGCCUCCCCUCUACAUGGGACCAGAGUACAUCAAAUACUUCGGCGACAAAACUAUAGAUGAUGAGCUGACCAGGGACGGCCGGGUCACCUGGAUCGUGGAGUUCUUCGCCAACUGGUCCCCGGAGUGCCAGUCCUUCGCCUCGGUCUACGCCGACCUCUCCCUAAAGUACAACUGCGCCGGCCUCAAGUUUGGAAAGGUCGAUAUCGGGCGUUACGGUGAAGUCUCCAAGAGGUACAGGGUGUCUGCGUCCCCUCUGUCCAAGCAGCUGCCGUCAUUAGUGCUGUUCCAGGGCGGGAAGGAGGUCAUGCGGCGCCCCCAGGUGGACAAAAAGGGCAGAGCCGUGUCCUGGAGCUUCACUGAGGAGAACAUCAUCCGAGAGUUCAACCUCAACGAAUUGUACCAGAAGUCAAAGAAGCUGGCCAAGACCAAAGGGGACAAGGUGGGCCCGUCCCAGUUCCCCCCUGUCCCCGAGGAGGACGAGCCCGAGCAGCCGGGAGCCCCCGCCCCCACGGAGGAGUUCGAAUCCAAGAAAGACAAAUAGGCCGCCCGGUACCGCCAGGCUUGGACUUCUGGGAGGACCCCGUUUGUCCAACUCACCCCCCCCCCCCCCCCCCCCCACACCUCGUCUUUACAGUGUUCAGUUUUUUGUUUGUAUUCUUUUAGAGACUUUGCAGGAUAACGGGCUACCGGGAGAAUUCCAGUGUGCGGCACCUCGACUCCAAACCUCCCUUUGACCCCAAAAUCCCCGGCUGUGUCAAUGCCGUGCCGGUUACUAAACAAAAAAAGGAGCACAGCCGGGACUCUCGGAAAGGGGGGCGGUCCAGAGGAUCCCACGUUAAACGCCGGGAAACGCACUCGGGAGGGAGAUCCCAAACGAAAACCCCAGCAGAGAGCCAGAUGCUGUCCCUUUCCUCUUUAAAGCCACUAACAGUUUUAGAAGUCCUACGAAUAUCCGUAUUUUCCCUCUAAUUUAUACCUUAGCGGUUCGAACAGAAGAGUUUUUAGUUGUUUUUCAAAUAUUUACCGGAUGCUGAUGGUUUUUCCGGGUUACUCAGUCGUGCAUGAGCAGCCUGGUCACUCCUCGUUUCAGCCUGCAUUCCUCUGAGCGUCUGUAUGAUGGCAUCCCACCAGCUGUUACACCGCCAGAUAGUCUGCCCUGAUUGGUCGAAUUAAUCUCUGAGAUAAAGAGGAAUACCGUUCGCAUGCCAGCAUUCAUACUCUUAAAACGACUAACACAUAUCUAAAACGCGUAAACGUAAGUUAACUAAGCUAAAAACGUCUUUCGGUUGGUUUAUUUUUGUGUUUCUUUUCGGGGGAGCGGCAGAUGUUGUCGGACAUCUGCUCCCACAGUGUGAACAGGGACCGGCGGGCCUUCACCGGGUCAGCGGUGCUAACGUUCCGGCCGGUCAGCGGAGUCCCUGACCGGUCCGCGAGGCCGUCCGUCUGCGGCCCGUCGGGUUUCCAGAGAACGGGAAAACUGUUACAUUCCGGCCAGACACCUUUCUUUGUGUUGAUCCUUGUUUUUGUUUGUUUUGUUUUUUUUAAUUUG